AUGACGCAGUCGUUGGGAAUCACCCUCGCCGCGUCCGACGACGGCGACAAGUCCCUCGUCGUCUGCUACAAGGAGGACACCACAAGCCCGUCAACAGCAGAAGCCACCUCCACCAUACGCAUCGGAGACCGCCUGGCAGGAUUGGCAACAACAGCAGGAACGGCGGCGGCUGCAGCGACGGCUCUCGCGCAAGGUCCGUCACCCGCGUGCGGCGGAGUUUCUGCAUGCAAAGACGAUGACCGCGGCGGCACCGGCGGCGGCAACGGUGUCACCGCAGCCGAAGAAGAGUUGAACACCAAGCAGCCAAAGAGCAAGAAGAAGAAGAAGAAGACCAAGAAGACGAAGGCACCUACUGCCGCUACGCCUUCGACGCAUCAGAGCGGAACGAAGCUUGUCACGAGCUCCAUCAACAACGACGACAUUUCGGCCAUGCCUCGUCCUUCCGUUUCCACCGCGGCCGGCAACGGCAUCGGUGGCGACGGCGGCGGCGGCGGCGGCGACGGCGGCGGCGGCAGCAACAGCGGCCGAGGCGCCGGUAAGCAGGCGAGCUUCGCGCCUCCAUCGGCAGCCGUAGUAGUGCCGACCGCCAGUGAGGUCACCCGUAUCCUCGCCAAGCUAGGGCCGAAGGGCGCGUCCGAGCUCGCGCUGUACAAAAACCUCACGUUCGACGAGCUGGUGAAAGUGUGUCGGUACACCGGGGUCAUGGACCUCUCGAAACGCCUCCCGAAGGCGACGAUGGCGGAGCGCCUGAGCUCUCUGUGCUCGGAGCGAGGGGCGCUGGCCGUCGAGUUGCGGAACGCGGGAAGAGCUAGCGGAGGGAAGGCUGAAGGCGAAAGAGGAAUCGGAGGAGCGAGGGGUGGCAAGGGGCAAGCGGCAUCGCGAGGAGAUGACCGCUCGCUUCAGGGUCCCCCUACCUCGCCAAUCCGGGCCACCGAGGCAGCAGCAGCAGCAGCAGCGGAGACAACUGCUCCUGUGCAACAGCGAGGGCGUCCUCCUCGUCCUGGCAGCCUUACGCGGACGCCUGGUCCCGCAGGCUGUUUCGGGGAAGCAUCUCGGCAACAGCCGCCGCCGCCGCCUGGGAGCUGGAAUACUCCAGCGGUGGCAGCUCCCCACCAGGCUUCUUUGUUCCGGCUGGGUGGUGACACCGGCGACCCGGGCGACGACCAGGGGUGCUGGGCUGACUGGGACUACCCCGACAACGCCGGUGCUCGCCUCGAUAGGGGCGGCGGGAGGGGGGGGGCGGGAGUGGGCGGGAGGGAUCGCCGCCGUGGGGGGCGGAGCGCGGACGAUGACGGCGAUGACGACGAGGAGGCUGCGUGGUGGUCUCGGGGGCCCGACCAUCGCGACUGGUCUCCGUGCUCCUCUCCGACCGCCGCCGCCGCCGCCGCGCCUGCGCCAUCGUCGUCGGUGCUGGCCGGAGGAGGAGGCAGAGGUGGUGGGGGCGGGGAGGACGGACGGGAAGCAGCACCAACAGAAUCAAAGAGGGAGCACGAUGUCGCCGCUGUCGAGCGGGAUGUUGUCCGGAGCGGGCCUGGGGUUCACCGCGCUGCCCAGGUGGAUCCUGCGGUCCGUGCGAACGAUUGGAACGCAGGCAAUCGAUCGAGGCAACCUAUAAUUCCAAUCUGCCGCUACGGGGUCGCGGUCUUGAGCAAGGCAGCCGCUCCCUCCAUCACCUAA